AUGAUACAAGUACAAGUUAAUGAUAGAUUGGGUAAAAAAAUAAAAGUAAAAUGUUUACCUACAGAUACAAUCGAAGAUUUAAAAAAAGUGUUAUCCUUACAAAUAGGAACCUCUUUUGACAAACUUGUGUUGAAAAAGGGUCACCAAAUUUAUAAGGACCAUAUUACUUUAGAGGAUUAUGAAGUUCAUGAUGGUUUUAAUUUUGAACUUUAUUAUGUAUGA